CCCGAGGGGGCGGGCCAGCGGCUCCCGCGCAUGCCUGUGGCGCGCGCAGGGCUGACGGCGGCGGCAGUCAUGGCGGCUCCGUGUGUGAGGGUGGCGCGGCGCAGCCUCUCGGCUUUAGCGUUGUCUCUCAGGCCCUCUCCCCGGCUGCUGUGCACAGCCACAAAACAGAAGAACAACGGCCAGAACUUGGAAGAGGACGCGGGUCAGAAUGAACAGAAGACAGAUCUUCCCUCUACAGAGAAGACCCUCAUGGAGGAGAAGGUCAAGCUGGAAGAGCAGCUGAAGGAGGCCAUGGAAAAAUACAAGCGCUUGGCAGAUACUGAGAACUUUCGGCAGAGGAGCCAAAAAUUGGUGGAGGAAGCUAAACUCUAUGGCAUUCAGGGCUUCUGCAAGGACCUGCUGGAGGUCGCAGACAUCUUGGAGAAGGCGACACAGUCUGUCCCGAAGGAAGAGAUCAGAGACGACAACCCCCACCUGAAGAACCUCUACGAGGGGCUCCUGAUGACCGAGGCCCAGAUCCAGAAGGUGUUCACCAAGCACGGCUUGCUCCGCCUGGACCCCCUGGGCGCCAAGUUCGACCCGUACGAGCACGAGGCCUUGUUCCACACGCCGGUGGAGGGCAAGGAGCCGGGCACGGUGGCGCUGGUUAACAAAGUGGGCUACAAGCUGCACGGGCGCACCCUGAGGCCCGCCCUGGUGGGGGUGGUGAAGGAGGCCUAGCCGCCGCCAGGGCUGCUGGCGUUUGCAGGUGACUCUCAGAAGGCCGGUUGUCUUUGCUCCUGCCAGUGCUUUGACCUUUCCCUGACCCCCGUUGGAAGGCUUCGGUCACCACGGCGCCACAGAACAGCAAGCCAGUUGCGCAGUCGUGUCAACAGACUGGAGCUGGGGAGUCGUUCGUUGAUUUUCCAUGCAUAUUUAUAGGUGGUGUGCUGACGGAUCGCUGCCGGAGCCUCGGGUGUCGUGAAAAACACUGUGUCUGCUCAGACUCUGGUGACCUCAGAGGGUUUGAGAUGAAUAAAAGGUCGAUGUCUGGCUAGCUGGCCGCGCCGCGCCUGUGUCCUGUGCGUCUCCUGCAGCACACGCGUGCCCGGCCCGCCGCCUUCCAUUCACGGAGGAAAGGCCCAAAGAGUUUAAACAUUUUCUUGCCAAGGAAAAGUUGAUGCCUUGGCGAAUCUGUUUGAGUUCAGUUACAGUCGGUCUCGAGGCUGCAAGGGCGCCGUCUGGCUUUCGGCGAUAAGGCCCCCCCUUAGCAUUCAUUUUGCCAGUAACUGAAUCUGACAGAAUCAGUCACUUUUGUCCUGUAUCGUUCAUCUAUUUAAAGAAAUGUUUAAAUCUCUGCCCCACUAAUUAGUGGUGACCUGAGGGUAUUUCCCCUCCUAAGAUGGACUUUCCUAGAGAUCCGAGAACCGCAUGUUUGGUCUGUUUCAGUGUUGAUUUUUAAACUUUAUUUAAGAGGAUUAAAGCCCUGACAUGUUUAUUUUCCUA